UGGACCGGAGGUAGUCAUCAUGGGGAAGCGGAAUUCCAAACUGAAGCAAGAAACCAUCGACCGCCUUAUGUCAGACACAUAUUUCUCAGAAAAGGAAAUAAGACAGUGGCACAAAGGAUUUCUAAAAGACUGUCCCAACGGGCUUCUAACGGAGCAGGGUUUCAUAAAAAUAUAUAGACAGUUUUUUCCACAAGGGGAUCCUACGAAGUUUGCCUCACUAGUGUUUAGGGUCUUCGAUGAAAAUAAUGAUGGUUCAAUUGAAUUCGAGGAGUUUAUUCGAGCACUUUCUGUGACGUCGAGGGGGAAUCUGGACGAAAAACUUCAUUGGGCGUUCAGGUUGUACGACGUUGACAACGAUGGCUUCAUCACGAGAGAUGAAAUGUACAACAUCGUCGAUGCAAUAUACCAGAUGGUUGGCCAACAGCCACAAGCGGAGGAUGAGAACACGCCACAGAAGCGAGUGGACAAGAUCUUCGACCAGAUGGACAAGAACCACGACGACCGACUGACCCUGGAGGAGUUCCGGGAAGGCAGCAAGGCAGAUCCUCGCAUAGUCCAGGCCUUGUCCCUAGGCACUGACCGCCCGGAGAGAGACAGUUCCACCUCGACCGCGUAAGACCAGGAGCAGUAGGGAGUGUUCAACUGACGGAACUUAUAAUCAGUAAUGGAGUGAGCUCAGGAUGGACUUCAAUAAGCACUGUUAAGUUCCAAGAUUCCAGGAUUUUCCAAAUGUUUCAAUAGCUUGUCAUUUCGUGAUUUUGAAUAUUAAUAGUUUUUUUUAAUUAAAGCGGUUCAAAUCUAAAAAGAAUCUGUGAGGUCGUGUUGGGAAUUACCCAUCCCUCUUUUACUGUACUUCGAAACGUUAUCCUGGCUAACAACAUACCCAGGCUAAGCUAUUUUGGUUCUUAAUUUUGAUAUUAAACAUUCUUUACUAUAAAAGGAAUCGCAGAUUUAAUUUUUCUGGGGAAUAAACAGAACUGUAAUUAUGGAGCGAUAGAAAUCUAGGCUUAUUAUUGGAUCAAAAUCAGGAAUUAAAAAGUAUUUUAGGUUUUUUUUAUGACAUUUAAAGUUUACACGUAGGAGCGGAAUCAAAUGCAAUAUUCUUACUCGUAAUUUGAAUUAAAUCCAAUAACAAAAGGGGAAAAUGUUUUUGAUUAAUAUGUAAAAUAUAACCUACAACUGUUAAAUUAAUUUUGUGAAAAGGGAUAUUUAACACACAUAUACUGUAUAAUAAAGUGACAUGUAAAGGAUAGUGAUUCAAAAAGGUUUUAUAGCUCGAAUUCCAGACAAACCAGUUUCUUCUUUGCUAUCUUAAGGCGUAUACAUUGAGAUUGUAUAGAUUUUUUGUUUUAACUGGGUUGAAUAAUAAAAUUGUAAAAUAAUUUAAAAUGUUACACGUAAUGAUAGAUGAGAUUAGCUCGAAGAAAUUCGUAAAGAUUAAAUGAGUCGUCUAUAUCAGUCAAAAUUAACAAAAAAAAAUGUUUUUAUUGUAUGGUAUUAAUCAAGAAACUACUUUCGAACUAAUAAAUACGUUUUCCUUGUUUCAAGGGAUAGUUAACACGUGCUUAAUAAAGUCCCAACUGACCCUAGUUGAGAUCCCAUGUUUCUUCAUGAUAGUACUCAAAUGUGUUCAUCUGAUCUUGAUAAAGAAUGUUGGAGGUCGAAACAUAAGUACUGUCCAAGGUUUCUGGGAACCUUUGCCUAGAAAAGUUAGAGCGUCGAUGGGAUUUCAACGUGAAUUCUAAAAUCUGUGUGCAAAGUUUUCUUCAAAGUGUUGGAAAGUGUUGGUGAGUUGUGAAGACAUUGACAAUCUACAGUUUUAUCUGAAGCUUUUUUGAAUUCGUACAGUUCCAUUAGUGUUGCAUAUUUAAAUUGCCCGUUUUAGAGCGAAAACCAAAUUUGUCUUAGGUCAUACUAAUUUAUUUUGAUCACUAUUUAUUUAAAUGUAAUCUUGCUCAGUAGUACUAUUUAGUUAGAAAAAUAGGCUAGAUGUCUCCAAGUACGACCUAAAUAUAGCUAUGGCCUUAUUCAUUGCGCUUUGAUUUGUUAAGUUUGCUUUUAAACUGGGUGGAAUAUAAGAGAUGGCUUUUUACUAUGGAUUGAUUGUAAAAUACUGUGCUUACUUUCCAAUAAAAGAGUGUAUGUUCUGUGAUAUUUUUAAACCCUAGAUAACAUUUAUAGCAUUAUUAUUUCCAUUUCAUGCAGAACUUUAAGAAACUUGUGUUAAGGGUAAGAAUUAAUUCGUGUAAUAUAAAUUUCCCUUCAAAAAUCACAGUUAAUACAUAAAUGACGUUAGCUUAACAUUUAGGUAAACUUAUAAUGUAAUGGUGAAAGUGAUCCAAAACUAUGGCAAAAGGAAAAAUAAGUAAUUCAUGUUUUCCUUACAUAAGUUUAUCUACAAAAUGUAAACAAAUCAUUAUUCAAUGUUAAAUUAUUUUACCUACGACCGUUUUUUAAAGUAGCCAUUUCAGUCCAGUUCUUAGAAUUGAAAAGUUUCACUUUACAGCUGUUUACUUUCAUAUCCGCAUAGUUUCAUUUCAUAUCCGCAUAGUUUUCUCAUAUCCACACAGGUAACGGACCAAUGAGGUUCAAGUAUUGAGAGAAAAGAAUUAAAAUUGUAAUGCUUCGAACGUAAACUAAUCAGCUGAUCAGCUGAUCAGUUGACCAAUUUAAUUGUUGAUCCGACUUGUUCAUGUUGAUACUCGCGUAUUCUUAAUUAAGUUGGUGGAAGUCCAAAAAUAAAUGAAAUAUUUGCCGAAUUGUACCUGAUACAAUAUUAUUUAUAGUAAGAAUGCUGCUAGCAAUGUAAUAUUUAACGAAGUUUAACAAACACGUAAUUACAGGAAAUCAGCUGAUUAUACAACAAGUCGUUGCAUCACUUUCAGUGGCAAUGACAAUACACGAAAACAUAACCUCUCUAAAAAGUUAUCAUUAGUGAUUGUUAGUAAUUAAAUCCAGAUUGAUAGUAAUUAAAAAACGGUCGUAGGUAAAGUAGUGUACGCAACUCGCGUUAAUAGUCUUUACGCAAUCGUUGCGUAAACUACUAUUUCUACACAUACUAUAUGCAGUUUUUGUUACAUUCUUCCACGGUUGAAAAUCAUAUUCACAUAUAUAUCAACAGUUUAAUAUCGUAGUAAGCACAAUAUUUUACGUAAAAGCAUGACGGCUCUGACACUUCCUUCAGAAAUCGAAUAAAUAAUUUGGUGUUCGCUCGUAUUAUACUGUUUUAUAUCGCGAUGUCAUCAUUUGUGUAAUAUAUUAAGAGUGUUGUUCAUUUGAAUAUUUUUGUAUAAAUAUAACGAUAUUAUUGUAUUUGUAAAGUACCUAUUUGAAUCUGAAUUGUUAAGAGUGUACAUAUUAUAACAUAAUAUAGCUUUAUGAAUUGUUAAGAGUAUGCACACAAAUCACAUCUCUAUUAUCAUUUAUCCAGCCAACAUAGUUAUAUAGCUUCCGUCCGUGCGCGGAGUCACUCGCAGUGCAAUGCUGCCAAAGAAUAUAUUUAGUUAAAUAUUUUAAAUAUGUGUAAAUUUGUUAAUGUGUAUAAAUUAAGUUCAUUGCAAAAGUUCUUGACAAAAUGUUGUUUUGUCGAUG